ACCAGCAGGUGGCGGACCUUUAACGUUGGUUCAUCAAUCCGCCAAAAAACUCGAGAGAAGAAGAAGCAGCAGCCCUGACGACGUGACGUCACAUGGCUGCAGCGCGCUCCCGCGUCUCUGGUGAUUCGGCUCAAGAAAGGACAAAAUACACAGAAAAUCUGCUGAAGCAACGGAGAUCUACGUUGACACACUGAUAUAAAGAUGGCGUUCAUUAAAGAGGAAAGUGAAGACUUCAGGAUUGAAGAAGUAUUUAGUCUGAAACAAGUUACUGAGGAACAAACAGAACUGCUGGUGCUGAAAGAGGAGAAUAAAGAUCCGAAUGAAAUGGAACCGACAGAUCAGUGUAAAAAACACCAUGAUUCCAUAACUGGUGGGAAACCCACACAGACUAAAACGACUUCUAUACAAAAAAGAGCUCAGAAAACCAAACCCAAACGCCGUUUUACCUGCCAUCAUUGUGGGAGGAAUUUUGGUGAAAAUGAGAAGCUUAAAAUGCAUGUUAGAGUUCACACUGGAGAGAGGCCAUAUCACUGCCAACAGUGUGGAAAGAGCUUCACUCAACAAGGAGCCCUUAAAAGACACAUGAGAACUCACACGGGAGAGAAGCCUUACACCUGCCAACAGUGUGGAAAUGGUUUCACUCAAAAAGGACACCUUAAAAAUCACAUGAGAACUCACUCGGGAGAAAAGCCGUUUAUCUGUCGACAGUGUGGAACUGGUUUCACUCAAAAAGUACACCUUCAAGGUCACAUGAGAACUCACACAGGAGAGAAGCCUUACACCUGUAAACAGUGCGGAAAGAGAUUCACACAGAAAAACACCCUUCAUUCCCACAUGAGCAUUCACACUGGAGAGAAGCCUUAUACAUGCGAACAGUGUGGAAAGUGUUUCCCUGGGAAAAAAAACCUUAAAGGCCACAUGAGAGUUCACACUAGAGAGCAGCCUUUCUCUUGCAAGUAUUGUGGGAAGAGUUUCACACAUACAUACACCCUUAGUUACCACAUGAGAAUUCACACGGGAAAGAAGCUGUACACAUGUGAUCGUUGUGGAAAGAAUCUCGCAACGGGAUUUACCCUUAAGUGUCAUAAGAUCAUGCACACUGGAAAGAAACCCUUCAAAUGUGAUCAGUGUGGCAGGCGUUUCAUUCGUAAGACGAGCCUUAAUUACCACAUGAAGACUCAUUCAGCAGAGAAAGGCUGUAAAUGUUCUCAGUGUGGAAACAGUUUCAGUCAUAAAGUUAGCCUCUACGCUCACAUGAGAAAACAACACAAUCAAGAGAAGUCUGCUUCUCACAAAUAGAGAAUCAUAAGAUUCAUGAAAUAUGUGUGGAAUCAUGUGAAGAAACCCACAUGAGACUUCACUCAGGGGAGAACUAUUUUAUGUCCUCAUUGUGCAGUGUUUCGCAGUCAAAGGAAACCUGAAGAUUAGCAUAGUUUUCACUGGAGAGAGGACUUUCACGUGUUUCUGUGGUCCUGAAAUGCUUUUCAAAAUCAUUCUGGAAAUAAAGUGUGACUUUGACUAGGUUUACCAGAAGAGGAUAUUUUAAAAAUCACUGGCAUAUUCUGGAGGAAUUCCCAUUAACUGUGAUCCAUGCAUUACAUUUCUUUUGACAUCACACCUGAUAGAAACACCUAAGAAGUUCAAGAUUUUUAUUUGUCACAUACAUGGUUAUAUGGAGAGCAUAUGACCAGCAGUGAAAUGUAUGAAGUGGUCCUGCAAUUUAAAAUAGCACCAGAAAACAGGUAGGUUUAUCUGUUUGGAAUUAAGACUAUGUUCACACCAAAUCUGAACAUGUGCUCUAUCAGAUUAUGGCACCUUCAUAGCCAGGUCUUUUAUUUGUUCAAGUUUUUACAUGCUUCCCCCACCCCAAUUAUGAUCUCCUGUAUCCACACCUGACUGUCUCCUUUUAUAUAGUUUCAAAUAUUGCAGAUACUCUUAUUUAAAUUGGAUGGAGACAUUGUGCCAUUCCAUAUACAGCUCAAAAUUAUUCAUACCCUUGGAAAAUACAAUAGAAUACAUUCCUGAAAAUUUGUCUGCAUUGUUUAUCCAUUUGAUCUUUCAUUCAAAAAAGAAAAAAUCUAACCUUUAAUUGAAGUAAAAGAAAAAAAAAUGAAAGCGGGGGAAAAUCACAUUCUGAAAUAUUUUUUUCUCUAAUACACAAUGGACACAAUUAUUGGUAAUCCUAGAAAUUCUUAUGAUUAAAAUAUCUCUGGAAUAUAUUUCCAUUCAUAUCAGCAUUAUUAUUACUUUUUUUUUUAUCACACCGGGGUGACUAGAAGCUUGACAGCCAUGACUUCCUGUUUCAAAGGAAUAUAAAUAUGAGAAACACAAAGGCCAAAUUCCUGACAUCAUAGUGGAUUCUGUCAAAUAACAACAGAUAAAAAAUUAAAAACUGACUGUCCAUGCUAGAAAUCUGCUUCUGCCCUGAGCUGAACCCUGUAGCAACUGAGUGUGGUGAACUGAAGAGAAGAAGCACCAUCAUGAUGGAGCUGGGAAUCUGAAGGAUCUGGAGAGGUUCUGGAUGUAAGAAUGAUCUCUGAUCGCUCAUCAGGCGUUCUCCAAUCUCUUCAGGCAUUACAAGAGAAAACUCAGAGCUGUAAUCUUGGGAAAAGGAGGUUCCAAAAAGUAUUGAAUAAAGGGUAUGAUUAAUUUUGGUCAAUGUGUAUUAGAGAAAAAAUAUUUAUUUUAUUUUAUAUUUCUAUUUUAAAUUCUUAUUCUGCAAAGAAAGGUUAAAUAUUUUAAAUAAAAGAUCAAGAGGAUUAAUGAUACAGAUUCAUUUUCACAGCCUUAUUUGGUCAUAUUUAUGAAUAAUUUUGAGCACAGCUCUACUUGGAACAAACUUGGAAUAAAAAUAGUAAAAAUCGUUUUUACGAUACUGGUGUCAAAUCGAUACUUUUAAAAUGGUAUAUGGUUAUUCUGUGUUCUUUAAGACAUCCCUAGUUUUUACAUGAUUAAGUAUAUUAAUAAUCCAUUGCCAAUUAACAUAGUCUUUAUUAAAGUAUACAAUUUAUUUGCCUCACUCUUUGACAAGAAGCCACAUCAGAUCAUAAAAGCAUAUUAUUUGGAUGAUGUUGUGGAGGAAAAAUAAACAUGUUGUAGUGUUUCUCUUUUGUCGGACAACAGAUAUAGAAACGUGUCUCAUUGCAGGUCAUUAUAAGAGAAGUUUAGCUUUAAGCAUUUUAAUUCAAGCAAGCUAAUUCAUGUAUUGAGCCUUUUUUAUGAUUUUACUGUAGCUAGAUCGCGUAAGGCCACCUGCUGCCCUCAGAGUACGAUGUGUUGGAUUUGUAUUAUCAGUUUUCUGGCUUUCAUGUGAAUUUUCUCAGUCUGUAAAUUAUUUUUAUGAUUAUUCUGACACCACAGGAAUGCAGUGUUAUUUAACUAGCCAUCAUGUAAGGCGGUGAUCAUUUAUACAUCUGUUUUGGAGCACCAGAGAGCAAAUAUUUCAAUCCACAGCUCAGGCACAUAACUGACUUUGCAGUAAUUCUGACAUAGUGUCAUGAUUAUACAUCUGUUCCUUGUGCUCGUUUUGUUUGUGGACUUUUAGUUUGUUUUUAGUUCCCUGUUAAUCUGUUACCAUUUAGAUAUUUGGCCCUUGUUUUUCCAUUGUUUCUUGUUGGAUUGUGUAAAUUUUUUCUGUUUCUGUUAAUAUUUGCUUUAAUAAAAAUGGAUCCAGCUUAUGACCCAUCAUUAAAGAUGCAAUGAGAGAA